AUGUCUUUGUGCUCCUUCCUGAAGGGGAAAAGUCCGGGACCCCAUCAUACCUCUUUCAGGAGGGAAUCCUUUGGAAGGCCCUAUCAGCAGCCACACCAAGACUAUGAGACCUUACUGGAAAGAUGCCUGAGGAACAAUUGUCUCUUUGAGGAUGAUAGCUUUCCAGCUGACAUGAGCUCCAUAGGCAAAGGGCCCCUGCUGCAGAAGCUGCCCCCAACCAUGCAGUGGAAGAGACCUACUGAGCUGCAUGACAACCCCGUUUUCUAUUCUACCAAAGCAGGAAGGCUGGGCCUGUGCCAGGGAGUAGUAGGAAACUGCUGGUUUUUGGCCGCACUGGAAGCUCUCACAUUCCAUUGGGACAUCCUGACCCGGGUAGUGCCUCUGAAGCAGAGUUUCACCAAGAAGUAUGCUGGCCUCUUCCUCUUUCAGUUCUGGCAUUUUGGUGAAUGGGUUCCUGUCGUGGUUGAUGACCGUCUACCCGUGAAUGAGGCUGGUCAACUGAUCUUUCUCUCUUCCACCUGCAAGAACGUAUUCUGGGCAUCUCUACUGGAAAAGGCCUAUGCAAAGCUCUCAGGUUCCUAUGAAGACCUGCAGAUUGGGCAUGUCUCAGAAGCCUUUGUGGACUUCACAGGAGGCGUGACAGCUACAAUUCAACUCGCGAAGGCACCUUCUGACCUCUGGGACAUCCUCGUCAGAGUCUCUUCCAGGAGAUCCCUCCUUGGCUGUCAGACCCACUCGGGGGAAAGGGUUCUGGAUAAUGGACUGGUGGAUGGUCAUGCCUAUACUAUCACUGGAAUCAGGAAGGUAACUUGCCAUAAUGGACCUGAAUACCUAGUAAGGCUGAGAAACCCUUGGGGAAAGGUUGAAUGGAAAGGAGACUGGAGUGACAGGUCAAAAAAAUGGGACCUCCUGAAUCCAAAGGAGAAGAUUCUGCUUCUGCGGAAUGAUGAGGAUGGAGAGUUCUGGAUGUCCUUCCAUGACUUUAAAUUCCAUUUUGUAUCUCUGGUCAUCUGUCAGCUGACACCAGACCUGAUGAGUCAGGAAGGAGGAAAGAAGUGGAUGUGUUCUCUGAGUGCUGGGAGAUGGGUGAGGGGCAGCACAGCUGGUGGCAGGCUGAGGCAUUAUCGAGACACGUUUUGGAUGAACCCACAAUUUCAACUUACUGUCCUAAGUGCUGAUGAAGACAAGAGGUCCUCAAAUCUCUGCAGUGUCUUGGUUUCACUUAUGCAAAAAUCUAAGAGCCGCCACAGGAACCAAAUGCAUCACCUCCCCGUUGGCACUUUUCUUUUCAGGGUGAAUAAGCUUUGGGAGGGCAACCAUCGGCUGCCUCAGGAGUUCUUCCAGAAAACCACCCCACUGUUUGUCCCCAGAGACUUUCAGACCCAGAGAGAAGUGAGCUAUGAGUUUUUCCUGGAGCCAGGCACUUACCUCAUUGUUCCCUGUACCUCUGAGCCUUGGCAGGAAUCUGAAUUCAUACUAAGAGUCUUCUCCAGGAAGCAUGCCUUAUAUGAAAUGGGCAGCAAUUGCAGCUUUGUCCUCCCUAAGGAGAUAGUAGACAGAUAUGAAGGGGAGGAGAAAUUCUUCACUAAACUGUUUGAAAAAAACCCAGAAAUAGAUGCAAUCCAAUUGCAGAAGAUUCUGAAUAACAUGACCUGGACACACCUGUCCAGCCUGCAGCCCACCUUCAGUAUGGAUGCUUGCCUAGGGAUUCUGGCGCUGCUUGAUCUUAAUGCUACAGGUACUGUGAGCAUUCAAGAGUUUCGGUGCCUGUGGAAGCGAUUGCUGAUCUAUCAGGAAGUUUUCCACAAACAAGACAAAUACAAGUCAGGGUUCCUGGAGUCAGGGCAGCUGCGGGCUGCUGCUCAGGAAGCUGGAAUUUUACUGAGUGAUGAAGUGUGCAACCUAAUGGCUAUUCGAUAUGGCAACUCUAACCGUAAGAUCGGCUUUGAGAACUUUGUCUACUUCAUGCUUCGAGUGGAGAAUGUGGAAGAAGCCUUUCGAAACUUGACCCAGGAUGACAAAGGAAUAUACCUUUUGAAGUCUGAGUGGUUGAUGAUGACCCUAUAUUGCUGAGAAGUCUGGAGCCCAGUCUGACUGCACCAACCCAUGCCAUGGAUUCUACAGAUAUUCUUAUCUGCAUAUGUAACAGAACCUAACACUUAACUCAUCUGAGAUUUGGAAAUGUCUGAGAUUUUGUCAGUUGGUGGAUACACCCUCCAACAAUGCAGAUCACAGCCCUUCAUGCUCCAUGAGUUGCCUUGGCUGAAAACAUGAUUACCUGAUGGCCAACCUGAUAUCGAGUCUAGCUAGGUUGGCUCUUAUAAACAGCCAUUGUCAGGCUUAUUUCUAGAUGGGUGAGGCCUCCUAGAGCUUGCACUGUGCUGGAAUACUACUCAGGAAUAAUUAAGCCCUUUAUGAUCUAUGCUUCCAGAUUGAUUACACAUCACUGACUGCCCCCACCCUUCUUACUCUCCAUUCCAACCUAACCAGCCUACCAUUCCACUUCUUACAUCCUGCCUGUGUGUAGUCUGUCUUCCAUGCUCGGAAUAAUCUCUGCUGCUUGGAACACCUGGCUCUCUGAUUGGUUCAAGUGUAACCUCCAGUUAAAGGCCUUUCUUAAUUCUACCAAUUGUGGGUACUCUGCUGUUAAAAUUAUCUUCUGUUUACGUUGUAAUAUUUUGUAAUUAUAUAUUGUCGUUCCCCCCGCCCCAAUCAAAUGUAAACUUAUGUGAAGGUAAGAAUUGUUGCAUUUUUUUUUA